AGGAAAUAAAAGCGUUGGAACUACGAUUGUUUUAUUUUAGAUAGUUUAGGCACACAUUAGAAAGUCACUGGCUCCCUGAAUGAUGGCUGCCGAAGUCGAGAUAUGAUGCGCCGAUCCUAGGGUGGUGAGUGGCACAUUCGCGUAACGACGACGGCGAGAGGGUGCGCACCACUGUUUACAUACACAGCACAUAGACGCGCCAGGAACCUUUUCUUUUUGUUUCACGUCUUUGCUUGAUCGAUCGAUCACGCACCUUGCCAGCAGCCACAUUUCUCGCUGACGAGCACAUUAUCUCCACUCUCCAUUUACUAUGGCGGACAACGAAAGCGAUGCCAGCGCCCAGCGCAAGAAGGAGGAGGCGGCCGAGGAUGCCGAAAUCGAGAAGAUGGCCCAGAGCCAGGCCAGCAGUGACAAGCUGGUCAGCGAACCCAUCAUUUUUCACGGUGGCGUGCUGGAGCACGACUACUGGCUUUUAUACGAGUUCUGUGGCAUGAUUGCGCGCUUGUUCAUCAUGGGUUACGUAGGAUCCGAGGCAGAGGACCGGUUUGCGAAAAAACCUGGGGAGCCCUACUCAUCUUUCCACCACGACAGGACAAAGUACACCGGCUUUUCACUUGAUAAUUCGCUACCUUUUUGUUUGGCCUUCUUAAAGACGAGUAGGAGUACAGCUGUUAUCGCUAUGUGCAUGUGACGUUUCCUUGUUGAAAACCGAUGUGGAAUGUGGUUGGCGUUGGUGUCCCUAAACUACUAAUGUAGUCAAACUACACGUCAACAUCAAAUUCUUCAGGUGGUGGGUGCAUGUGACGUUUUUCGCCUUGUUUCUCAUAGACAUUGGGAUGCGGAGCUGGUGCGCGGGGUUCUGGAACCACUUGAAGGACGAGAUAAACUUGCUGGAAUUUUUCAUCACAAUGGGCAGCUUUUUCUACCUGUGCAUCUUUCUCACGACGAGCCUUUACAUCAACGCCGCCGGCUUUUGGCAUGUAUUCGGCGUUUUGCCGAUGUUGCGCCCAUGGGUUCGAGCGUAUCACCUUUUUUUGAGAAUGCUCUUUUCAAAUGUAGUAUGUGUAUAUCUUUGUUACUUCGUUUUCUGCUGGAUCAUCUGGAUUUCGAUGUAGUAGUUGAAAGGAAUAUGAUUUCACAUUCGUCGAGUGACAUCAAUUAGAAUUAUAAAAAAAAACAGCACAAAUUUUGUGAUCUUGUACCACAAGCGGAUGCUGCAGCAGGGGAAGACGACCGUUUUUACGUCGCUUGUGUUGAUGUCCCGCGGCAUCGGCGAUUCGCUGAAAACGCUUCUUUGGGUGUUCUAUGGAUUGCAAAAAUGUCUGGGUCUGGAAACUUGUAAUGCUGCGUUGGGUAUAAUGAGUGCUCUGUAAUGCACAGCCAAGCAUGAGAAAUAUCUGCGCUUCUUUGUGUUGCGUUUUUCGCAUGACAAAACUUUCGAGACAGGCAAAAGAGUCUCUUCUUGAAUACGCAUCGCAAACUUUUUGGUCAUGCCAGACAAGCAUGACAAAUCUCGCAAUCUUCCAGACCCAGACAUUUUUGCAUUUGAUAUGUUCGUGGUCGUCUUUCUCCUGAUGUACGUGAUGGGCAUUCUCAUGGUGCUGCAAGUCGGCCAGAACGACGAAGAGUACAAUAACUACUACCUGAAGACCGGCUGGGACCACGAAGAAUACUUCGCCAACGUGCUGCUUGCCUGCUUCACCAUGUUCCAAGUGGUAACGAGGGAUAAAUGGUCGGAGCAAAUCACACGACACAUAGGAGAGCUGCAGCCCUGGGCAUUUGUAUGUGUUUUCUUUUUCAUUUUCUUUUUCGUUUUGAUUUUGUCAACGAUGAUGACCUUCACCUUUGUUUGAUUGGACCUGCAUGUUGCUGAGCUGUGGUAGCUGCGCGCGUUGCUUUGUGUUUGAUUUUGAAGGGAUUGCUACAUCCUUGUGAGGUAUUCAAUCUGAAUCUCUCUAUCUAACUCUCAGCCAAACACAUGACACGGCUGCUUGGGUCAUUUAAAUCGAGGACAAGCGUAGUACUGUUACUGAACCAAAAAAACAGAUCAUCGUGCCCUGCUUCAUGAUGGUGACGACAUACGGUUUCAUGUCGAUGAUCAUCGGCAUUAUCGUGAACUCCAUCCUCCAGCUUCAGGAAGAGAACAGUUCCGUGCAAAACAAGAAGGACGCAAAGGCAAAGAAAAUUCUCAUCGAGUUACUCAAGGACGCCUUUGCGAAGCUGGAUGAGGACGGUAGCGGGUCUCUGUCGCUUGACGAGUUGAAGAACGCCGUGGAGCACCCAGAGUUGCGAGCGAGAUUAGAUUCCAUCGGGUUCCCGGUGGAUAGCCCCGAGGACUUUUUCACCAUGGUAGACACGGACAAUUCCGGGGAGGUCGAAGCAGACGAGUUCAUCAUAGCCUGCAGCAGGCUAAAAGGUAUACUUGCUUUGUUCAUCGUGCUUUUGUCGCAAGAACUUUUAUCAUGGGACAUGUACAUGACUAUGUGCUUGUGAGUUCCAAGUGCUGCGGUGCAAUUCUAGAUUCAGACAGAAUUUGGAAAAGAGAUUUUCUCAUCCUACCACAAAAAAAAAGUCGCAAAAAACUCUCAGGUCCAUGCCUCUCCCGAGAUAUGCUAGACGCGGAGACGCAAAUAGACAAGCUCGGGCGGCUGCUCGUGCAGAUAGAAGACAAAGUUUUGGAAAGCGGCGAGAAGAUAAGUAAGCUGGAUCGGAUCUGCAUGGGCGUGGUCGCGCAGGCGGACUCGUUGAUGAAGGAAAUGCACCGCAAGCAGAAAUCCGGGGAGAUGCUGCCGCGGCCGAACGUUCUCGGCGACGACCACGUGAGCUUAUCGCACCAGCCACCAAGUCCCAUGCUGGACAAGCACGAGCUGCGCGGGCCGCUCCCACCAACGCUGGAGGAGCGACGAGCAAUGAGAACGAGAAAAAAGUUAACCCAGUCGAGUCAGUCGUUUCUGUAG